GUGGGUCUUCUGACGCCGCCCCUCCGGAGGGUGCAGCGGGUGCAGCAGCGGGACUGUGGAGACGUCAACUGUCGACUGGCUGGGGUUGCUGCCUGUAAACAAAUCUGUACACUGCCACGAUGUACGGAAAAGGCGAAAUCUCCGAGAAUACGUUAUUUUUGCGGUCGCAUUUGGUCGUAACGUUCAUUAUGUAGAGAUACUUACGCAUGUUAACAAUUUCGCUGCGACGCGGGGAGUCUAAUCUUUCCUUCUUUGUUGUUAAAUCACUCAUCUUUUGACCGGUGGUGUCAACGUAGGGGAUUUUAUGCUAUGUUUAGUCUGUAAAUUGUGCUUUAAAGCUAGCAAGCUAACCGUUAGCACACCGCGUAAAUAGUGUUUUCCUCGCCGGGGAGCGCGGCUAGCUCCAGGAGUACCAGGCGCGCUUGAUUAUGGCAUCGGCUGCAGAGCACGACCUGGCACUGUCUGAGGCAGAUGGCAACAAGGACAAAGCUCAGGUGUUCGGCAUUCUGAGGCUGCAGGAGGAGAAAAGUGGCUCUGCUGAUAAAGCUAAUAGCAGCAGCAACACAGUGAGAAGUGGAAGCGACGGGCGAUGGCAGGCUCCCAUCUUUGCUUUAGCCAGGAAAGCAUCAGAGACGAUCUCUGGGAGUAUUCACGUCCUGCCCAAAGUGUCGGAACACCGAACGUCUCUGCCAGGGGACUGGGCUGUUCAAGCCACAAGGGACCCCAUGGCCAUGGAGCGAGCGAACCUACUGAACAUGGCAAAGCUCAGCAUUAAAGGGUUGAUCGAGUCUGCUCUGAGCUUCGGACGAACGCUGGACUCAGACUACCCACCUCUGCAGCAGUUCUUCGUGGUGAUGGAGCACUGCCUGAAACAUGGCCUCAAAGUGAAGAAGUCCUUCCUGGGUUUCAACAAAUCUCUGUGGGGUCCUCUGGAGCUGGUGGAGAAACUGUGUCCAGAAGCAGCGGAGAUCUCUGCGUCUGUUCGAGAUCUUCCUGGACUCAAGACCCCGCUGGGCAGAGCCAGAGCGUGGCUGCGUCUGGCUCUCAUGCAGAAACGGCUGGCCGACUACCUGCGACUUCUCAUCACUCGAAAAGACCUCCUCAGUGAUUUUUACGAGGAUUCGGCUUUAAUGCUGGAGGAAGAGGGAGCAGUGAUCGUGGGCCUUCUGGUGGGCCUGAAUGUCAUUGAUGCUAAUCUGUGUGUUAAAGGCGAGGACUUGGACUCUCAGGUCGGAGUGAUCGACUUCUCCAUGUACCUAAAGAAUGACAUAGACGAUUACCGGAGCGAAGAGAGGAAUAGUCAAAUAGCAUCCAUUUUAGACCAGAAGAACUACGUGGAGGAACUGAAUCGACAGCUGAAUUCCACGGUUCAUGGCCUUCAGAGCAGAGUCGACUCUCUGGAGAAGUCCAACUCCAAACUCAUCGAGGAGCUCGCCAUUGCCAAGAACAACAUCAUCAAACUGCAGGAAGAAAACCAGCAGCUGAGGAGUGAAAACAACCUGAUUCUCCUAAAGGCUCAGCAGCAUUUAGAGGUGGCUCAAGGCGACGUGUCUUUGGAGAGAGACGCGUACAAACAGUCGCGGCAGGGUUUGGAUGAGAUGUACAAUGAAGCCAGGAGACAGCUGAAGGAGGAGUGUCAGCUCCGACAGGAUGUGGAGAACGAGCUGGUGGCUCAAGUGUCGAUGAAACAGGAAAUGGAGCUGGCCAUGAAGCUUCUGGAGAAAGAUAUUCAUGAAAAACAGGACACACUGAUUGGACUGAGACACCAGCUGGACGAGGUCAAAGCCAUCAACGUGGAAAUGUACCAGAAGAUGCAGUCGUCUGAUGAGGAGAUGAAGAAGAAGAACAACGUCAUCAGUCGUUUGGAGGAGAAGACCAAUCAGAUCACGGCCACCAUGAAGCAGCUGGAGCAGAGCGAUAAGGAGCUGCUCAGUCAGACCAGAACACUUGCCAUGUCAUUUGUGAAAUGUGCUAGCACAGACACAGAGCACCAGUACAAGCUAGUCAAGGACAUCUCCUUCUGAGAGCUGACUGGAAUCACAAUCAUAAAGAAAUCAUUUCUGUUAUUUUACACAUAAUAUCCAAACGGUUUUAGGGUCUGAGGAGAAUCAGGUGGAACCGGACCGCAUGUUUGGUUUCAGAUCCUGACAGGAACCUUUACAACAGCUUUUUAUGAUGUUUGAUUAAAUUACAGCCAGACACGUUGGCGCUAAAUGAUAAAAAAGAUUUCCUCUCUCCAGCGGCUGCAUUUAACGGGCCAGAGAUCGGUCUUUAAAAUAGUUAAAGAGAAACUAAACAUGCAUGUUUAAUUGUUUAUGAUUUGUAUAUUCACACAUGUUCAGGUCUGCAAUAGAAUACUCCACUCAGUUUAUAUGCAGAAAGACAGACAAUAAGGUCUUCUUUAUUGACGUAAUUGAGAAUAAAUCCUUUAAGUCGACUCAUGGAGGUGCUCAAGCUGGCCCGAAAGAGAAAUCUGAAGACCAUUUUCAUCACAGCCGCGUGCAAAAAGCCACCACUCACUCCCGCCACAGCCCUGAUCCGACGUGUUUGCUGCAGCCUGCUGCUUCCACUCUGCUGCUGGUUUGUGUUGCAUGUGUUGCACCUCCUGACCUGCACACCCAGUUGGCUGUGAUUACCCUGUCUCUGUCUGAAAUCAGUCAGUCCCUCGUGCACACACACUUAAAGGGAUCCUUCAUGUCUUUUUCGAGUGAGUUUAUGGGGAAUGGUUAUGAACAAAAGGCAUCCCGGCUGUUGCCUUCAGUUAGGAGAAACAGAGUUUAGAUUAGGCCAGUUACAAAGUUGUUCUGCUGGCUUAAAUCAACUCUUAAUUUUAGAAAUUUCAUUUAUGUUCAUGCAAAUGCUAAUUAUAAACUUUUUACUCAUGCAUUUUACAUUACAUGGGUACUUGCACAUAAUUAUGCAGCAGGAAUUGGUUUCAGAACUAACUUCUGGAUCAGAUUUCAUAAUGGUUCUGUAAGAAUGACUGAAAUGUGUAAAUUUUUGGCAAAAUUGGAGUUAAUUGAUAGGACCAGCAUGAACUGAAAUCUUCUGAUUGAAUUAUUUUCUAGGCUAGAGAGGCACUGACUCAGGUGUUGAUUUCAAUUUUUGCUCAGCUCUGUCCGGCAGAUAUAGAUUAUAACAUAUUCCAUUUUAUAUCAGAUAUUAUUAACAGAAUAAAUAGUUUCAAUUUGUGAUUAAAGAGAAACUUUGCAACUUUUUCAAAAUUUUCAAUCGUUUUCUUGAGCCAGUAUGUGCUAAAAUGACCCUUUGAGUUAAUGCCCUUCAGAGUGCCAGUCUGCUUUCAGCACAUUUCCUGCAUGUUUUAGAUCAUGAACACAGCUGAUUUGUGUAAUUUAAUGAUGAAUCACUCCUGUAGACACUAAUGAAGGCUGGGAGACAUUUCAGCUGUUAGAUGAAGGUGUUAAAAAGACAAACGAACAGCGAGGAGAUACGUUUUGCUUUUGGUUCUACUAAACGGACACUAGGAAAUGUCUUUUUUUUCUGCUAGGCCCGUCCCCUGUUCCGUAGAGCUCUGUGCGAUAUGAACUGAGCACCAGUCAACACUAACCAUUAGCAUUGACUACCACUUCUGUACAGACGCCAACGAUGAAAAGCGCUAGAAUUAUCACGACUCAGAGUCUAACACUAAAAAGGAAUGCUCCACAUAUUCUUGCAUGUAGCCUCCAGUGUCUCUAAUGGUGAUACUGCCCGUCACACAGGACGGCCACAGACCUGAGAAUCCCACCCACAGUUUUUCCAUUACGACUAUUCAUGACAAAAACAUUUUUCUACGACAGCGUAAAAAUGCACAGGAUGAACCGGGCUUGCAACACUUUAAUUACAAUUAAUCAGUUUCUCCAAAAUCAGGCAGAUUAACAGGCAGUCCACAACAGGUAGUUCAUAACCUUUCCCAUAGAUCUCCACAUAGAUCCCUUUAAGCCCUCACAUGAGUCGUGAGUAGUUAGUUCAGGCUUUAGACAUGACUCGCAUCAUGUGAUUACAGAAAGUAGCGGAGAGCUAAAGUGAGGGUUGUAGAACACCGUAUCAACAUGUAGUGUGUAAGUGUAGUGCACUGUAACGUUAGAAAAUGAGAAGCUAUGGAAACAACUUGUCUUCUUCACCUUCCUCAAGAUUCUCCACCUGCUGUGAAAACGAAGGGUUUUCCACACAAGGGACCAGAGGCUUUGGUGUGUUUAGUGUGUGCAGAAAAGAUCGAUCAGCUGAGUGUAAGAACUAGGUCCAGAGCUGUAAACCUCUGUUACUGUGGUUUGUUUGGGCAUAUUAACUGACUUUUGUGAUUAUAUAUUAGGCAAAUAAUCCUCCUUCUUAUUCUGACAACAUGUUUCUAAUAACCUAAAACUGUAGAGGAAGAAAGACCCGGUGCAGCUGUUGGAAACCCACAACUUGCUGUCUUUUACCACAGUGACGAAUAAAGUUAAAUGUUUUGAAAGUUC